AUGACAGAAUCUUUGAAAGAGUGUUCAAAGAAAAAAGCUAUUGAAAAUAUAGAAGAAGAAAUUGAAGAAACUCAUGUUGAUUCUCCAAUUAUCAUGAGUAGUGCAAAAAAAAGAAAAGCUACGGGGAAUAUGGACAAUUAUUUUGCUCCUCGCACAACUCCUGAUUCCCAGCCAAGUAUUAAAAGUGCAUUAGCAACAAAAAAAGCAAGACACAAUGUGAAAAUGUUGAUUGCUGAAUGGGCAAUUGUGAACUGUAUUCCAUUUAAAGCAUUUGAUUUCCUAUUAUUUCAAAAAGCUGUAGAUGGUAUUGCUUCAAUUGGCCCUCGGUUUAAAGCCCCUAGUGCUUAUGAUUUCAAAACCAAUUUGCUAAGUGAUUGGAGAAAAGAAUGUCAGUUACUUAUUGAUAGCCAUCGAGCUAAAUGGAAAAACAACAGCUGUACACUCAUGGUUGAUGGAUGGACUGAUGUCAGGCAACGUACUUUGAUAAAUUUCUUAGUGUAUUCUACUCACAGUAUAGUAUUUGUGAAGUCUGUUGAUGCAUCAGAUCUAGUCAAAGAUACUAAAACUUUGUUUACGUUAUUCUGUGAACUUAUUGAGUGGAUUGGUCCUAAAAAUAUUGGUCAUGUAGUAACUGACAAUGCAACCAACUAUGUAGCAUGUGGCAGGUUGAUUAAGGAAAAGUAUAAAAGUAUUUAUUGGUCACCUUGUACUGCUUAUUAUUUGAAUCUUAUAUUGAAAGACUUUUCCAGCAUGCCUCAUGUGUUAGACCUCACAUCGAAGGCAUCAAAGGUGACUAUCUUUGCAUAUAAUCAUAUGGUUUUUUUAUCAUGGCUGAGGAAAAAACCGAGUUGGAAAGAAAUUGUGCAUCCUGGUGUCACAAGAUUUGCUACAACAUUUAUUACAUUGCAUAGCAUAUAUAUGCACAAAAAUGACUUGCAGGCUUUAGUGGUUGAUAAGCACUUUGUGGACCAUAGAUUAUCGAAGACUGAAGCAGGAAAAAAUUUCAGUGUAAUCAUUUUAGAUAAUCGGUUUUAG